AUGAAUAACCUGCGGAGGGGAGUCACAACCCGGUGGUGUAGCGGAAUGCUCAGGAGAGGAAUCCAAAAUAUAAUACGUUUGGCGAAAAUACAACGAAGGGGAUUCUUUUUUAAAAGCGAAAAAAAUGACAUCAUAAAAAACGAAAUUGAGGAAAUUUUAAAAACGGAUAAGAAGGACCCCCUGAUGGAAAGGGGGUGGAUAAAGAACGUGAAAGAAGGUGAAGACUAUUCGGGGGGGAGGAGUGAACAGAAUGAACCACCAAGGGAGGGUGGCCAAAAUGAGUAUAAGAAUAAAACAGGGAAAUUUAAAAGGCUGUUCAUUUUUAUUGCCUUCCAAAGCAUCCCCAUCGUGGGCCUUAUGUACCUGUUUAAGUACAUAGAGAGUGUCAAAUUGGCGGAGCUCAAUUUCACAUUCGAGUCUUCGGAUGAUAUUAUAAAAGAGGUCCUCAAGCUCAUAAAGGGGAAUUCGAAAUGUUUUUGUAUGUACUCGGAGGGUGAUGAAAUUAAGACGUUUUUCGUGGACCCCUUGGGUCCCGAGGACUCCGAGGUGAACUACGAACCAGGAGGGGCAGACACGGCAGGCGCGGCUUAUGCGGCAGACGCGGCAUAUGCGGUGGACGGGUCAGUCUCGGCAGAAUUAGCCUCCCCGGGGAAUCACCACGAUGGGGCCAACGGGGGAAGCCAGGCGGGGACCACCCCAAAUGGGGAGCGGCCAAUUGGAGAGCCCCCAGAAGCACCGCCCCCCAACGCCCCUUCGAACCAAACGGAUGACUUAACAAAAAUAUUUCUGUCAUUAGACAAGACGCUAAUGCAUAAAGUAAUGAACGUGAAGUCUCCCAGGGAGUUCCCCUUGAAUUACCUUUACUUCUGCAUCUCAAAAAAUACGGAAAUUUACAAUUUUGUAAAAAAAAGAAACGAGUUGGUAAGUCUCCUUUACUCCGAUGAUGCAAAAAACGUGUAUGUCACAUUGACAGGAUCCGCUUCGAUUAUUGAAAAUGAAGUUAUACGAAAGGUAAUUUGGACAGAUAGAUGGUCCUACCUCAUUUCGGAUAACCUCCAAGACAAUUAUGUGUUAAUUAAAUUCACGCCAUCUACUGUCUCUCUUAAAACCAUUGGCUUUAAGAACCAGCAUUGGAAGAGUAACAUCGUUCGCCGCUCCAUGACGGAUGACAAAAUGGCUUGGGUGAAGGCCUAG